UGCAUGAAUGCCACCAAUCAUGACAAGCAUGAAAAAAUGAAUGUAAAAUUGACACAGAUUGUCGCCGUCUUGACUGUUUCAUUCUAAUUUCGGCGUUAAGGGGAGGUGAGGCACGCUUGCAAAUUGCUACCGGCUCCUCCUACAACGUUCAUAGCUUGUCUUUGCUGGAACAUAGAUGAGCAGAGUAACGUAAUUUGUGACAACUAGACAGAUACAUCUUUGCAUGCUGUAUAAUAUCCUGGAAAUUAUUUAAUGCACUAAUGAUUUAAUUCGUGAUUCGUUUACAUUCCGAUCGAUCAACACAAUAGUGAACAACUCCGGGAAUACUGAAGAGAGACGCGACAUUCAAUCAGUAAACAAGACCCUUCUUCUUUUGCAAGUAGCUACAUACAGUGUGACCGGCACUUAGAGUAUUUAUUAAAGAUGGCAAAGGCAGACUACCGCAUGGGGCACAGGGACAGCUCGGAUCAGAACUUUGACUACAUGUUCAAGUUGCUGAUCAUUGGAAACAGCAGUGUGGGCAAAACCAGCUUUUUGUUCAGAUAUGCUGACGACUCCUUCAACAACUCCUUUGUCAGUACCGUGGGCAUUGACUUCAAAGUGAAGACUGUCUACAGGAAUGACAAAAGGGUGAAGCUUCAGAUCUGGGACACGGCCGGUCAGGAGCGCUACAGAACCAUCACCACCGCCUACUACAGGGGAGCCAUGGGCUUCAUCCUCAUGUAUGACAUCUGCAACGAGGAGUCCUUCAACGCCGUGCAGGACUGGGCCACCCAGAUCAAAACAUACUCCUGGGACAAUGCUCAGGUGAUCUUGGUGGGGAACAAGUGUGACAUGGACAGUGAGAGGGUGGUGUCCCCAGAGAAGGGCAAGCACCUGGCUGACCAACUGGGUUUUGAAUACUAUGAGGCAAGUGCCAAGGAGAACAUCAAUGUUCGACAGGUUUUCGAGCGGCUGGUUGACAUCAUUUGUGUGAAGAUGUCUGAGAGAGUGGACACAGAACCACCCAUGGUCACUGGAGCCAAGAACACCCGGCUCACCGACAAGCCGACCAACCUGCCUCAGAACUGUAACUGCUGAUCCUGCCAUUGCCAGUAUCACCCCCAUCCCUCCCAUCUUCUCCUUCCCCUCCUGACUUUCACCCCAAUCAAUGCUCUUGGUGUCACAUGCCACUGGUCCAAUUCAUUCACCCAAGAUGAAGUUUUCAUCAUUCACCUCUCACAUCCUGCUCUUGUGGGUUCAGCAUGACCUCUCACCUCUCACCUCUGACCCUGGUUCCUAGGCCAGGGAACUCUAAGCAGGGUACAUAGCCAAGCACAGCACUGCCUCUAUUCAAGCACAACAGUGUGUUCAAUUGCCUAAAAACAUGACAACGGCUGUUGGAAUCACAGGUUCACAGGUGUGAAGAGAUAUCUGCAUUCCCAUGUGUGAUGUCAAUACAUCCAUUCUUAGAAAAGAAGCUGGUUACUUUUUAAUCUUUUCUCACUCAUUCAUGUCUAACAGAAGGCAUUUUCAGCAUUAAGUGUUGGAUACUAUGAGGUGAGGAAGAAAGAUUAAAUCAGUAUUUGCUUAUCGCACAGUAUAACCAAGUUCUUGUGACUUGAAGUACUGUGUGAUACAUGAAUGGAAAGAGCAAAAAUAUCUGAAUGACAGACAGAGUUAAGAGGUGGAGCACUCAGUACUGUGUACCAAAGCGUACAGUGGGGGUGUCACAGGAAGAGUAAAAUAAGAGCAGACUGCUAUACAAUUGCAGAAACAACAGGGUGUAAAAUUGAGCUAACAAUCUUUCCCAAAAAUGUGCUUUCCUUUUUGUGCAAUGCAACUAUCUCUUCCGGUGGGCACAAAGAGUCAAGUAUGCCAACCCUAGCCAAUUGGGUAUUCAGGGCGCAUUUGACGUGUUGGCAUUAGGUGCUGCGUUCAGAGUUCAUUCCGUAAUUUCAGAACCAUGUUGGCACAGCAACAAGGGACUAUUCUGAUUUAUGGGUCACUUUGUAUACAUUUACCUUAAUGUUAGGUUUGAUGAGUCAAUAUAUUGUCUCGUAAGUGUCCUGUUUACAGUGAGAAACCAGUAGUAACAUGAAUGUGUCUUUCAUAGGAGAGCACCACUGUGUAUCUGGCUGGAGUAUGUGUGUAGGUGUGUGCGUAUGUGAGUGUAUACACAGUAUACUUUUGUGAAGCUGUGUAAAGUAUGAAACGCUCAGUUUAAAUAUCAAUGAUACAUAUUUUUGUGGGUUUAUGUAAGUAGCAAAAACAGUUAACUUAUGGUUGAAAAGUAUGUAUACUCUUAGCAGUGCACUUAUAAAGAUCAAAUAACCAUUUUAAGAAUUCAGUAAAUGCCGGAUGCAACAUAUUGUUCAAUAUAGCCAUAAGUAAUAGAGUGUGGAUAUUUUGCAAAUUGGACACCACUAACACUGAAUGAGUAUUGCCAAAUUUUCUAAAAAUUAGUAAAAUGCUUUUUUGAAAGAGUAGUCAUCCCACCACCAGAUACAAUGUUCUACUGAAUAUAUAUAUGUAUAUGUAUGUGUGUUAAUUAUGAGGCUAUUUAUGAUCAUAUAUUGUUGUAAUUGUUUUAUAAGUGAAUUUAAAAUUUAAUAGUUAGAACCUAUGAUGCUGUAAAGUACAUAUUUAUUUUUAUUAUUUAAAUCUGAUGAAAACAGAUGUAGAGUACGGUAUGUGUUGUUGGUUUACGUCAGUGACCAUGGUAACAGACAGAAACAGCUAAAGCACAAAAUGUAUGAUGCUGUGUAAUCAGCUUGUUGCCUCUGAUGCGUUUUGGUAAAAUAAAAAGCACAAAGCUCUACUUUAA